CCUGCGGCCGCGGGGCUGAGGGACCCGAGGUGCGAGGGCGGGCGCUUCCUGUGCUUCUGCGUCCGCCUGGGCCUGCACGGGUGCGAGGAACGCUGCAAACGGUCUUCGCCGUAUUGGGAGCCGCGGGGACGAAAGUUAAACGGCGAGGAUCCAUGCUGACUCCAGUUAGUCAGUGUCAGAAUUGAAUGCAAUUGCUGAACACCCAGCUGCUGUUGGAGAAUCAGAGGCUUUGAAGAUGAUGUUAAGCCCUUCUAGGAGCACAUCACAUUGUCUUCAGUUUCAUUUAAAGAAGAGGCAAGGGACUUUCCCGGCAGUCCAGUGGAUAAGACUCUGUGCUUCCACUGCAGCAGGCACGGGUUCGAUCCCUGGUUGGGGGACUAAGACCAUGGCCAAAAAAAAAAAAAGAGGACACAAGACCUGGAGCGCGCCACUCAGCAAAAUAAGCAUGGUAACAUGACUCACUCUCCAAAGGCAGCCUAUACAGUUCAGACCCCCGAGAGUAUGUCUCCAACUGCUGUUACAGAGGCUUACGUGAAAGCUUUAGCUGUUUGCCAUGGACCACUGGACCACUAUGACUUUCUGAUCAAAGCUCGCGAGCUAAAGGACGAUGAACGUCAAAGAAGAGUCAUACAGUGUUUGCAGAAAUUACAUGAGGACCUUAAAGGAUACAGUAUAGAGACAGCAGGCCUUUUUUCUAAGCUUUUUUCGAGGACCAAACCUCCAAGGGGCCUGUAUGUUUAUGGAGAUGUUGGUACAGGGAAAACAAUGGUGAUGGACAUGUUUUAUGCUUAUGUGGAAAUGAAGAGGAAAAAACGGGUUCAUUUUCAUGGUUUCAUGCUAGAUGUUCACAAAAGAAUACACCGCCUUAAACAGAGUUUGCCAAAAAGGAAACCAGGAUUCAUGGCCAAAUCAUAUGAUCCAAUAGCUCCUAUAGCUGAAGAAAUCAGUGAAGAAGCAUGUCUUUUAUGUUUCGAUGAAUUUCAGGUCACUGACAUUGCUGAUGCCAUGAUUCUGAAACAGCUUUUUGAAAAUCUGUUCAAAAACGGGGUCGUCGUUGUGGCAACAUCCAACAGGCCACCGGAAGAUCUCUAUAAAAAUGGACUCCAAAGAGCUAACUUUGUACCAUUUAUAGCGGUCCUGAAGGAAUACUGUAAUGCGGUCCAGCUAGAUUCUGGAAUAGAUUAUCGGAAAAGGGAACUUCCUGCUGCAGGAAAGCUCUACUACCUCACAAGUGAAGCUGAUGUGGAGGCUGUCAUGGAUAAGUUGUUUGAUGAGCUGGCUCAGAAACAAAAUGAUUUAACUAGACCAAGGAUUCUAAAAGUACAAGGCAGAGAGCUGCGGCUGAAUAAAGCCUGUGGAACCAUUGCCGACUGCACAUUUGAAGAGCUGUGUGAGAGACCACUUGGAGCCAGUGACUAUUUGGAACUGUCAAAGAAUUUUGAUACAGUAUUUUUACGAAACAUUCCACAACUUACCCUAGCAAAGAGGACCCAAGCUCGGAGAUUCAUAACUCUCAUUGAUAACUUUUAUGAUUUCAAGGUGCGCAUAAUUUGCUCUGCAUCAGCUCCUGUAUCGAGCUUAUUUUUGUAUGAACAUCAUGACAGUGAGUUGGAGCAAAGCAGAAUACUGAUGGAUGAUUUGGGGCUGAGCCAGGACUCAGCAGAAGGACUCGCCAUGUUUACUGGAGAAGAGGAAAUCUUUGCAUUUCAGCGCACAAUUUCCCGACUCACAGAAAUGCAGACUGAACAGUACUGGAAUGAAGGGGACAGAAACAAGAAGUAACUGUCACUUUUGCAUGAAUAAAACUCUGGGCAGAUGAUUACUGCAGGAAAAACCCUUUAUUAUGGGACUUGAAGGAAUCAUUUUCUCAUCAUUAAUUAUGCACUUUGUCCUCUGGACCAUUUUUAUCUAAAAUUGCUGUCAAAGAUGUAGUUGAUUAGUAAGUUAAAGCCAUUUUUAGGUCUACUUUUUGCCUAUUUAUUUGGCCUUAUUUCUGCACCACAAAAUUAAAAUCGGCACUCCUGAAGAUGAAUGUAAGACCAGGCAUUUUGGUUUCACAUUAAGCCACCUGAAUGAACCUUGAAUACGCACAAACACACAGGGUGUCCGGACAUCUCUGAGCUUUGGCUACAUGGUAGCUGCAUGAUGGAAACACAUCUUUAUGAGAAGGGAAGAAAAAUUUAAAAUAAAGGAAGCUUUCUGAUCUUAUUUUAAACUAAAGUUGAUAACAUUUUAGAAUAUGGACUUAUCCAUGUGAUUAUUGGGGGCCAUAAAUUGCAGUAAAUCUCUUAGGCCUCCAAACUUUCUUACAACAGAGAGUAUGUUUUCUACUGUGAGUUCAGGCUUGGCAGUGGACACAGAGGUGCCUGAAAAAAGUCAAGGAUUAUGCUACCACAGAAAAAGGAGCAGAGGUGUCAAAUUCCAACUGACAGGCAGAUCCCCCACCUCUGACAGCCACGAGGAGGACACCAGGAAUGGGGACCAGUGAGGGUGUCGGAAGGGGCAGAGUCCUGGACAUGCUAAGCAGCAGAAUGGACUCUGCUCACCUGAGGCCAUAGGACCCCAUGGGCUGAGGCUCCUUCCCACUGCUCACACGCGUUUGCUCUGCUCGCAGGAUGUCACUCUCGGCCUUGCCUCUGCUUCUGCUGUGCGAUAGGCCUAAUGGUAAGUGGGAAAGAACACUUGAUGAACCCACUUAAAAUCCGAUUUGUCCUCCAUUGAGGUCAUUCCUUGACUCAUUCAAGUACAACCUGACUUUGCUGUCAUCACAGAAGGAAUCUUGGUUGAGGCUGUUAUAAGAGUCUAAAUCCCUAUUCAAGAAAAAAAAGAGACAAGAAAAAAAUGUGAAACCCACAAAGUCUUGUGAAAAUCAAAUAUUUUGGGGGAGUAGGCACAGGUGAGUCAGUUCAAAUCAAUGAUUACAGUUGUCGACAUUGGUAAGCUCUUUGAAUGUAUGUAAUUUAUAAGUUAAUAAUCUAUCCAUAUUAGUCUAUUUUGGACAUUAACCUAAGUCAGUGUGAUGGAUAGAUAAGGUAUCCAAGAAUAGAGAAACAUUUAAAUCAAGGCUUAUGAAAAUUAAAUGUGAUUUGAAGAUAUUUUUAUUGAAGUGAAACAGUGAGUUCAAAAAGAGGUUAAAUAGGUUACAAGGGAGAAAGAAUGGGAAAUAGCCACUGUGUGCCAGAUUUACUGCUAGACAUUUCUAAAUCUCACAUACAAAAAUAAUCCUAGAGAGACAAUAUAAUCCUCCCUAUUUAGACACAAGAAGACUGAGGCUUGGAAAAGUAGCUUGACCUGAGAUUCAUAGUUUACAACUACAAAACUCAUGUACUAUGUUUUAUACCACACCACCUCUAUAAAAAAAGAGAUCAUUUUUAGUAGUGAUUCUUUUUUAACUCAGUGAAGAUGUAUUUAUAAUAGAACCAUUGCUUUGAACUCAGUAAGUAUAAAAUAUUUAACUUUAGUCUUUCAAUCUUAGGGGUUUUUUUCCCCAUACUUCUUUGCCAGUUAUGCUAUUCCUUAAUAAAAAGAUACUGUGAAUGGCUAGACAGACUGGUGGACAGCCUGAUAGAUAGAAAGAGGAGCUGUCCCUGAGUGUGUGGGUGUAUAUGAAACAGCCCCCACUCAAGUUCUGUCGUAAAAGUUCAUUUGAGGUCAGGUAUUUGAAGUAAGAAUUUCAUUUUUCCAAAGAAACAGUAAUGUGGUGUUAGUUAGGGGCCUGGCUCAGUGCACAGAAGCCUGUGGAGUUCUCAGUGUGAACACCCCAGAGUUUUGGUACUAAAGAACUUAACUUCCUUUAAAAAUACGGUUUCUGUCAGGUGAAACUGUGGUUCGGGUUCCACCUGAGUACCUGGAUCGUGUCUGCACUUCUGUCCUGCCCUCUAGGCAUCCCCUUCCUGGGCCUGGCAGCAUAGGCCAUAGUGGAAGAGCCUUGCUAAGCUGAAAGUGGGGUCUGUGGGGCUGGGGCAGGGAGGUAGUCGCAAGGGUUUGUUAUAUCGGCCUGGAUACCAGAAGGACAGAGGAGGGAUUAUCAGGAGGUAGCUGGAAAUGGUACAUUUUAAUCUCUCCACAAAGUCUUUCUCAUAAAAUAGCCCGCAAGAAAAAGAAACAGCGAUCUUAAAGAAAACCUGUUACCAGAAAACAAUAUGGUAGUUCUACUAAAAAGGAAAUUAAUGCCAAAAUGAGACAUGAAAAUGACCCCUAGAUUGGAAAGCAACGUUUCAAUUCGUGUGUUUUUUCUUCCAAGUCCUGCCCCAGGUACCCUCUCAGCAUUCCAGUCUUUCUCCCUGGGGUUGCAUGAAAUCUCUCAGAGCAAAUGCUCUCUCUCUCUCCCCCCUCUCUCUCUUUUAUAAAAUGCUUUAAGUUUAUACUUGACAAUGGAGGUUUGAGUUGAGUAUUGCUGUGGAACAUGCCCACUCACCUAGGAGGUGACCGGGGGUCACAGUAAGUAAGGGUCUUUGUAGUUGGGAAAAUGCUAACGGUGCCCUCCAAAAUGACCACUAAUUUCCAAAUUUAGAAGAAAUCAAGUGGAGAAAAAGAAACACGUUUGUUUAAAAAAAAAAGAGCAAAAGAAAAAUCUGAUCACUGCAUUAUUCUUGUAUUUCUUUAGACAAUGAAUAGGCUAAUUUGUCAACAUCAGUAAUAAUGACAUAGUAGACCUAAAGAAUUUUUAACCUAUUUCUGAUGUUUACAAGGCCCCAAAGUACUGUUCUAAUCAAAUUUAUGCAUUUUAGUGGGAUUUCAAAUUUUAGUCAUAAUGCAAUAUUUUAAUCUCCCUGAAUAUAUUCCCUGUACCUAUAAGUAUGCAAAUAACAUAAUUUUAAAGUUACUUGGAAUUUUAAAACUUAAAAUUUUAACUGUGAAAUAUGUAAAUGGCUGUACUCAUAUCCAUUUACUUAUUUAACAUUAUUUAAGAAACACAUGGUGCUUACUAUGUGCUGGACAUGGUUCUAAGUGCUUUAUAAAUAAACUAUUUUGAUCCUUAUAAUAAUUAUAUGAGAUAGGUACUAUUAUACCAUUUGCAGACAGGGAAGCUGAGCUACAGAAAAUGGGUCCAACAACAUACUAAAUUGCUAAUAUGUACAUUGGAGUCAGUAAAAUGAUCAAAAUAUCAAUUUAAUAAACUUCCAUGCAACUGCGUGUGUCCUGAGAACAUUCUUCAUACUCCAAGUAACUUGAGCCUACACUUGCAGGCCCUUCUUCUGGGAUAAAACCACCCAGAGGGAUUGGGGUCCUGGGGCCCUGACAUUUGGGUUCCUGAUCAAUUGUGGGACUCUGUCAGGUAGUAAGUGUUGCUCUUGUAAAUGACCUUCCUCAGAUCCACUAGCCUCAUAAGACAUCACUUACUUGCUUGUAGAAAAGGAUUUUCUUUGGAGGUGAGUUUAUAACUUUUUCUUUAAGUCAGAUUCAUUUUCCCCAUUGGCACAGCACUUCAUUUUUCUAGAGCAGGAAAUUUAAAAUAAUACAGUCUGUCCUCUUGCUGAGUGUCUGCUACCUCUGUACAGCUCGUCACUCAGCCCAUUCAGAAGUGUUGUCUACUGACCUGUUUGUCAUCUGUGAUGGUGUGAAACCAUCUUCCAAGCUCGCUCAGGAAAUCUUCCAGAGGUCGUCCUAAGAAGCUUCCUCUCUCAGGGCUGUGCUUGUCGGGACCCCAGUAGCCAAGAGCACUUCUCUCUGAUGCACCUGCUCUUCUUAUCCGAGUACAGUAGAAGGGCCCUGGACCUGGUUCUUUUUCUUUUGCUUUGUGACCUUGAACUAGUGCUUUGAGCCUUUGAUUUCUCAUCUAUAAAUGAGAAUAAUAAUAUCCAUUUCAUAAAGUUAUUCUGAGGAUAGUUGGUAAAAAGCCCUUUGCAAAUGGUUAAAGAUUAAAUGAAUAUUAGUUACUAUUGAUAGUAAUGGUUAUGAUUAGAAAGCAACAAUAAAUGCCUACUCCACUUUGCAUCAUAGCCCCUCGAGGAAUGCAAAACAAGAGAUGACCUAUCCCAACCCAGUAUAGUUUCUAGCAGAAAGGAAAGGAUGCACGUUAAUGGCUAGACACCAAGGACAGAGAAUUCUGGCUUAAUGAGAUGCUGUGAAGAUUGUUGAUUUCAAACCCAUUCUUUCAGGAUCAAUAGAGAAAAUGGAUGUUGUUUGUCGAACAUCAAAAAUUUCCCAGAAAGAGGGCACCAUCUUGUGGUCAGUGAGAAGAACUGACAAAAAAAAGUCCAAGCAUCACACAGUUGGAGAACCAAGGUUCUCAAAGUUGCAGUUCCCAGGCCUCCAUCCCAUUCCGGAGAGUCAGCUGCAGUUGGUGAGAUGUGGGGCCCCAGGUUGGUACUUGGUAGCACUCCCCCAUGGGAUUCUAAUGUGCAGGCAGGGUUGAUGACCACCGAUCAGGAGGUCUUUCCCCUUGACCACGUGGCCAGUAAGCACACAGAGUUGGGCCCCUAUGGGACUCCGGACUCCACACCAGGCCAGUUCCUGGGAGCAAAGGCUGCUGCUGUGAUGCCAGGGGGAUCUGGAGCCUGGAGCCACUGACACACCAAGGCCUCUCAAGGGCCUCCCUGGCACCUCCCAGAGCCUGUUCCUCUUCUUCCUUCCUCCUCUUCUCCUCCUUCCCUAGACUCGCCUGCCUUCUCCACCCCCAUUAACAACAGACUAGCUAACCCAGAGGUGCUUCCUACUUUGCAAAGCACUCACUUCUACCCUGUCAUUUCAUUCACAGCCAUUCUCUCAAGGUGUGAUUAUCCUUACUUCCUACAAGAAAACGGAGGCUCAAGGUGACACAGUCAGGAAACAUGUCUUCUAGACCCAAAUCUUGUGCUAAUGGCCUUUUUUGCCACAGCAGUACUAACAAUAGACCCCAUUUAUUGAGCCAUUGUGCACCCUGAGGGCUGGGGUAGGAAAGAUGUGGGUGUAGGGGCAUGGACAAGGGGGUUGUUCCUCACAGCACCAUAUGGGAUGGCAAAGAACUGGAACGCAGUGGUUGGUAAAACUUUGAAGUAUCCAUCAGCACGAUCAUUAUGUAAAAGGAGGUAUUAUCACCACCAGUCUUUUUGUCUGAUGCAAAAACUGAGUGUCAAAGAGAUGGACUAACUGGAGGCACUGGGAAUAUAUCACUAGGGGAAUGAAUGGCUAAGAAGGUGGGCUCUGCCCGCAAGGGAAUCCUCUGCAGCGUCAGAAGCAACAAACCAUGUUUAUGUUUGGCAUCAUGCACAACACUUACCACUGAGAAAAGAUGAGAUUCAGUACCUUUAAUAUAAGUUUGGAAACCCAUGUAUAAAAUUACACUAAAUAUUUUUCUAGGGCACACAAAAUCUAAAUAUAUUUAUGGAAAUAGAUUAGAGGGAGACAACAUACACUAGCGUGGAUGCUUAUAGGAGGAAAGAAAUGAGAUUGAAUAUGGUAGAUGAAAGAGGAAAAAUGAAAAGGCUGCCUCCCAUGGGCAAAAGAUGUCAGUGUGUCAUACUGAGGAGUGUGAUCAACGCAACUUGAUUCACCAGAGGUCCCUCAAGAGAGAGAAGAAUGGAAAAUAUUUUGGGCAGCGUCAUCAGAAUUUCUCCAGCACACUGGGACUCCAGGGAGGUGCAAAGACAACAGACAUUUUUGGGAUUGGCAAUGAGGGUUUGUAGAAAGUCUAUGCAGGACAAAUGGGACCUAAUUAAAGAUAAAAGCAUUUGCACAUGGACUUCCUAGGUGGCGCAGUGGUAAAAGAAUCCGCCUGCCAAUGCAGGGGACACAGGUUCGAUCCCUGCUCCAGGAAGAUCCCACAUGCCUUGGAGCAGCUAAGCGCGUGCGCCACAACUAUUGAGCCUGUGCUCUAGAGCCCGUGAGCCACAACUGUUGAGCCCAUGUGCCACAACUAUUGAAGCCCACGCACCUAGAGCCUGUGCUCUGCAACAAGAGAAGCCACUACAAUGAGCAGCCUGUGCACUACAAUGAAGAGUAGCCCCUGCUCACAGCAACUAGGGAAAGCCCAUGUGCAGCAACAAAGACCCAACGCAGCCAAUAAAUAAAUAAAUUAAAAAAAAAAAAAAA